AAAGUGUCGUCCAUCUUGCCGGUCAACCGACUUGUUCCCCCAACAUCAUCCUCCUCAUCAGCAAUCAUCUCUGACAACUCGUAGAGUAGAGAUCAGACAACGACGACGACAUUGACGAACGAACACUACACACACGCGUAACCACUAGCCCCCCAAAGAGCGCAACCCACUAGCUCAUAGCCUCCCCCCUUUCCCCCAAGCUCCACACCCUUCCUUCCAUCUCCACCGCCAUGGCUGCCCCCCGCACCCUCUACGACAAGGUCUUUGACGACCACGUCGUCCGCUCCGGUGACGGCGACACCCUUAUCUACAUCGACCGCCACCUCGUCCACGAGGUCACUUCCCCCCAGGCGUUCGAGGGCCUCCGUAACGCCGGCCGCAAGGUCCGCCGUACCGACUGCACCCUCGCGACUGUCGACCACAACAUUCCCACCAUCUCGCGUAAGAGCUUCAAGAACGUCGGAACCUUCAUCACCGAGAGCGACUCGCGUGCCCAGGUCGUCGCCCUCGAGGACAAUGUCAAGGCCUUUGGCCUCACCUACUUUGGCAUGAGCGACAGGCGCCAGGGUAUCGUCCACAUUAUUGGCCCCGAGCAGGGCUUCACCCUCCCCGGUACCACUGUUGUGUGCGGUGACUCGCACACCUCCACCCACGGUGCCUUUGGCGCCCUUGCGUUCGGUAUCGGCACCUCCGAGGUCGAGCACGUCCUCGCUACCCAGACCCUCCCCCAGGCCAAGUCCAAGAACAUGCGCAUCAGCGUCGAGGGAACCCUCCCCGAGGGUGUCGCCUCCAAGGACAUUGUCCUCCACAUUAUCGGUGUGAUUGGUACCGCUGGUGGAACCGGCGCUGUUAUCGAGUUUGCCGGCUCGGCUAUUCGCGCUCUCUCCAUGGAGGCCCGCAUGUCGAUCUGCAACAUGGCGAUCGAGGGUGGUGCGCGCGCCGGCAUGAUCGCCCCUGACGAGAUCACCUUUGCCUACCUCAAGGGCCGUCCCCUCUCGCCUCCCGAGGGCCCCGAGUGGGACAAGGCCGAGGCUUACUGGCGUACCCUCAAGACCGACCCCGGAGCCAAGUACGACAUUGAGGUUGACAUCAAGGCCGAGGACAUUAUCCCCACCGUCACCUGGGGUACCUCGCCCCAGGACGUUGUCCCCAUCAACGGCAAGGUCCCCACCCCCUCCGAGCUCCCCGCCAACAAGCGCGGCGACGCCGAGAAGGCCCUUAAGUACAUGGGCCUCACUGCCGGUACCCCCAUGGAGGAGAUCAAGGUCGACAAGGUCUUCUUCGGCUCGUGCACCAACGGCCGUAUCGAGGACAUGCGCUCGGCCGCCAAGGUCAUUGUCGCCUCGGGCAAGAACGGUGGCCCCACCCACGUCGCCGAGGGUGUCUACGCCAUGGUCGUCCCCGGCUCGGGUCUGGUCAAGCAGCAGGCCGAGGCUGAGGGUCUCGACGUCAUCUUCAAGAAGGCUGGCUUUGACUGGCGUGAGGCUGGUUGCUCCAUGUGCCUCGGCAUGAACCCCGACCAGCUCAAGCCCGGAGAGCGGUGCGCCUCGACCUCGAACCGUAACUUCGAGGGUCGCCAGGGUGCCGGUGGCCGUACCCACCUUGUUUCGCCCGCCAUGGCCACCGCCGCUGCCCUUACCGGCAAGCUCACCGACGUCCGCAAGCUCAUGGGCUCGCACGUUUCCGACGACGGAGGCAUCAAGGUCACCUCGUACUACGACUUCCUUGAGCCCCUUGUUCCCGCCCAGGCCGUCGCCGAGGAGGAGGCUGCCCCUGCCGCCGCCACCGAGACCGCUGCCCCCGCCGCUGCCUCGGCUGGUCUCCCCAAGUUCACUGUCGUGAAGGGUAUCGCCGCCCCCAUGUGGGAGGCCAACAUUGACACCGACAAGAUCAUCCCCAAGCAGUUCCUCAAGACUCUGCUCCGCACUGGUCUUGGUGACGCCCUCUUCUGGCCCGCUCGUUACGACGUUGUCACUGGCGAGAAGAUCCCCGACUUUGUCCUCAACAAGGAGCCCUUCACCAAGUCGACCCUCCUCGUCUGCACGGGUGACAACUUCGGCUGUGGUUCGUCGCGUGAGCACGCCCCCUGGGCCCUCAACGACUUCGGCAUCCGCUGUGUCAUGGCUCCCUCGUUUGGUGACAUUUUCAAGAACAACUGCUUCAAGAACGGCAUGCUUCCCCUCCAGCUCCCCCAGGCUGACCUUGACGCCCUCUACGAGGACGCCUCGGCUGGCCUCGAGAUUGCUGUCGACCUCGAGAACCAGCAGGUCAUCCGCCCCAACGGCAAGCCUCCCAUCAAGUUUGAGAUUGACGCCUUCCGUCGCCACUGCCUCAUCAACGGCCUCGACGACAUUGGCCUCACCCUCGCCAACGAGUCGGACAUCUCCAAGUUUGAGGAGAAGCGCUCCGAGAACUGGCCCUGGCUCGACGGAAUCGGCUACGCCCACAAGGGCCAGCGCGUUGUUCCCCUGCGCCAGAAGCCCAAGAAGACGGACUGGUAA